AUGACAAAAUACCAGGCGUCAAAGAGAGUAAUCAAGGGAGCUAUUUCUGUGGGAUUAUUUUUGAAAUCAUGCAUAGCCUUUGCAGGAGCAGGGCCUGCAAUAGGCCCAGCCUUCAACCCACUGUGUCCAGCACACUUCAUGAAGGGGAGUAACGUUAUAGGAGGAAUGGCAAUCAAUGGAAUGGGAGGAAUUGGCGAUGCGUAUCCAAUGGGGUCCCCAACUCUGUGCAUAAGAGAGGGCCAGCUGGCGCCACAGGGAGACAUGCAAGGAAAAAUGAGCCCAGCAUUUAAGAGAUUCUCGCACCAGCAGGCAAUGCAGGCUCUUUUCAACCUCCAGGACUCUGAGUGCAAGCCAGGGAAGGUGAGCCCCAAGACCCAGGCAUGUUUCCUCUUCAAAACCAUACAGCAAAAGGCUCAGGCACCCAUCACAGCUAUUACAACCACCGGAAACGCGCUAUUUCUUAAAAACAAAGACAAGGUAACUGCUAUGAUUGUUGUAGAGCGCUUUGGAAACAUCACACCAAAGAAGAAGAAGGGGCCAACAAUUGAGCAGCUUGUCGGAGCACCCAACUCCACUGCCGUUUUCAGUGAGUUUGACAAUCUGCUUAAGAGACACGGUUCGCCCAAUCCAAAAUCUGUCAGCAACAAGUGUUCAGAGUGCCUUAAGAUGCUUAAAGCAAGCUUUGCAGGAGACCUGGAGUGUAAUGUGUGCAAUGACACAAUUUCUUUUGAUUUUAACAACAUUUCAUAA